AAUACUUUGUUAGAUACUGGACCACUUCCAAAGUUCAAAGAUGGCAAUAAAAAUAUGUAUUUUGGCCUUCGUUACACUCCUCAUUUUUCAGGUGGAGACAGAGGCAGGUAGUUGCUGCCUCAGUUACACUAAAAGACCCAGACGCUGUGCAGUUCUGAAAGGCUAUGAUAUCCAAGCUAUAACUGGCGGCUGUGAUCUUGCAGCUAUUAUCUUCCACACCGAAAAAGGAAGAUCAAUUUGUGCUGACCCAGCACAGAAUUGGACACAAAGAAGAGUCGAGUGCCUAAAGAUGAAAGCAGCAAGAGUGAAGAACACGGGCAUUGGAUAUGCAUUAUAAGAACUUCUUACUUUUAAAGUUACAGUACUUUUGUUUAUAUAU